CGUGUGUCUAUAUGUGAGUGUGUGAAUUGUAAAAUGAUACCAUUUAAAUUUGUCAGUUCGAAACGUAAAAUAAUCAGCUGAUUCGCGAUGAUAAGCUAGGGAAACACGAGGAAAUAAUAUGAUUAGCUCGUUCACACGCACAAUAGCGAAUGUUGGCAAACGAGAAGUGAUGUAGAUGUAGAUAUGUAUGUACGAAGAGCAGGGAAAGAAGUGUGUUUUCUAUUUCUCACUAGAAAGAUCAACAGUAUUUAAUAAUCAAAGUGUUCUGUGACGCUAACGAAUUUGUAAAUAUUAAACUAUCUAAUUAAUUAAUCUCCUAUAGUCACUGUUUAAAUCACUCGAGCUGCUCCGAGAGAAUGAUUAGCCGUUUUUUAAAUUAUUCUAAAACUUUGAGUGGUUAUACUAAUCUAAAAUAUAGUUCAAAGAAACAUUAACAUAUUCGUUCGCCUAAAACCUGUUAGCGCACAAUUAUUUAGCUUAAUUUUUAUAAUUCACAAAGUGCUUAAUAUUCUUUAGGUGGAUGGACCACGCAAAAUUAAGCGAAUAUCAUGCAGUCCCAGUUAGCAGGAACUCCCCGAAAACUACCAGUCUUUGUAUUUCCUCAAAGCAUCACUUUCUUUUUAGACGAUCAGUCCACUCACAAACAAGUUCUAACAUUGUAUAACCCAUACGAUUUCCCAAUAAGAUUCAGAGUACUGUGUACUGCGCCAAAUAAGUAUAAAGUUGUCGAUCCGGAAGGAACAAUAAAAGCCAGAUGCUGUGUAGAUAUUGUUGUCAGGCAUAAAUCUCCCUUACCAAGUAACUGUAAUGUCGUUGAUAAAUUUAGAAUACAAAUGCAAGAGCAUCCGACUAAACAAGCCAUAGGAAAGAGAGAUGUGGAAGCUAAGUUACUUGCUGGGACAACAGAGGCAACUGGAAGAUCUACUCCAGACCCUGAAAUGUUUCAGCAGCUUCCAAUAAAUGAAAGUAGGCAGCAACAAUCUUAUGCUCUCAUAGCUCAAAAUAAAGCAAUGGAUAAGUACACGCGAAAAUCAGUAAAGUUAAAAUAUGAUUUAUUUGGUGGAAAUAAGAAUGCAAAAAUGUACCUAUCCUCAGAUAUGAAAUGUUCUAUGGAUAAAGGAGGAACGAAUUAUAUAGCAUUGAUUGCUGGAAUCAUUUGUAUAAUUGGGUUACUUUUACCUACCGAAGGAGAACGGAAUAAUAGAGUGCCUGACUACCUCUAUUUAUCUAUAAACCUUAAAUUAAUAUUUUCAUUCGUAUUAGGUAUGGUUACAAUUAUUAUUUUAAGGCUGUAAUUUUUGGCUAUAAAAAUACUUUAUACAAGGAUUCGAAUCUUGGGACUUGAGCACAAUCAUUUAUAGAAUUCGUUUGGCCAUUCUUUUUGUUACUGGAUAUAUCUGGUUCUAGUCUAUAUACAAAUAAAAACGAUAGGACACAUCAUGGAAACUACUGAUAUUUAUUAACUUAUAUGAAAUCUUUUAUUCUUUUUAUGUAUAUGACGCUACAUAUGCAUAUGCUUCAUUGCCUUAAGUAUGCAUAAAAGUUUGUACAUAGUAUAUUAAGACGUUUAACAAAAUUACUGUCUUUUUAUAUAAUUCACAUUGAAAAGAAUACGAUCUCGUGUAAAAAUGUAUAAAUAUAUCUUAUGUAAAAUGGACUUCAAAUCU